GGCUCCUCCUCCUCCUCACACGCGGGCUCUGCGAUCCCGCCAUGACUCAGCGCUUCUCCGCUGGCUGCUCCGCCACGGCUGCGGCUCGGCGCGGGCUCCUCCCGCCGUGUCCACCCCAUCUCACCACCCACGCCCGCCCCCUGCCGCGGGGCCUUCCCUCGCGCGGCCGCAGCCCGCAGCACUCUGCGCCUCGCUCUGCCGCCGCCACCCGGCCACCGUGCCCGCCAUGGAGCCCCGAGCCCCCAGCCGCCGCCACACCCACCAGCGCGGCUACCUGCUAACCCGGGACCCGCACCUCAACAAGGACUUGGCUUUUACUCUAGAAGAAAGACAACAGCUGAACAUUCAUGGAUUGUUGCCACCUUGCUUCGUCAGUCAGGAGAUCCAAGUCCUUAGAGUAGUUAAGAAUUUUGAGCGUCUGAACUCUGACUUUGACAGGUAUCUUCUAUUAAUGGAUCUUCAAGAUAGAAAUGAGAAGCUUUUUUAUAGUGUGCUUAUGUCUGAUAUUGAAAAAUUCAUGCCCAUUGUUUAUACGCCCACUGUGGGCCUGGCUUGCCAACAAUAUAGUUUGGCAUUUCGGAAGCCAAGAGGCCUCUUUAUUAGUAUCCAUGACAGAGGGCAUAUUGCUUCAAUUCUUAAUGCAUGGCCAGAAGAUGUUGUCAAGGCUAUUGUGGUAACUGAUGGAGAGCGUAUUCUUGGCUUGGGAGACCUUGGCUGUAAUGGGAUGGGCAUCCCUGUGGGUAAACUAGCCCUGUACACAGCAUGUGGAGGGAUGAAUCCACAAUACUGUUUGCCUAUCAUUUUGGAUGUGGGAACAGAAAAUGAGGAGUUACUUAAAGAUCCAUUGUACAUUGGACUACGGCAGAGAAGAGUGAGAGGUCCAAAAUAUGACGACUUUUUAGAUGAAUUCAUGGAGGCAGUUUCUUCCAAAUAUGGCAUGACUUGCCUUAUUCAGUUUGAAGAUUUUGCCAAUCUGAAUGCAUUUCGUCUUCUGAACAAGUAUCGAAACAAAUAUUGCACAUUUAAUGAUGAUAUCCAAGGAACAGCAUCUGUUGCAGUUGCAGGUCUCCUGGCAGCUCUUCGAAUAACCAAGAACAAGCUCUCUGAUCAAACAAUACUCUUCCAAGGAGCUGGAGAGGCUGCUUUGGGGAUUGCUCACCUGAUUGUCAUGGCCAUGGAGAAAGAAGGUUUACCAAAGGAAAAAGCUAUCAAAAAGAUAUGGUUGGUUGACUCAAAAGGCUUAAUAGUUAAGAGACGUGCUGCUCUAACAGAAGAGAAGGAGGUAUUUGCCCAUGAACAUGAAGAAAUGAAGAACCUAGAAGCCAUUGUUCAAAAACUAAAACCAACUGCCCUCAUAGGAGUUGCUGCAAUUGGUGGUGCCUUCACAGAACAAAUUCUCAAAGACAUGGCUGCCUUCAAUGAACGGCCCAUUAUUUUUGCUUUGAGUAAUCCCACUAGCAAAGCAGAGUGUUCUGCAGAGCAGUGCUAUAAAAUGACCGAGGGACGGGCAAUUUUUGCCAGUGGCAGUCCUUUUGAUCCAGUUACUCUUUCAAAUGGACGGACCCUCUUUCCUGGCCAAGGCAAUAAUUCCUAUGUGUUCCCUGGAGUUGCUCUUGGGGUGGUGGCUUGUGGACUGAGGCACAUCACUGAGAAGGUCUUCCUCAUGACUGCCGAGGUCAUAUCUCAGGAAGUGUCGGAUAAACACCUAGAGGAGGGCCGGCUUUAUCCUCCUUUGAAUACCAUUAGAGAUGUCUCACUGAAAAUUGCAGUAAAGAUUGUGACUGAUGCAUACAGAGAAAAUACAGCCAGUUUUUAUCCUGAACCACAAAACAAAGAGGCAUUUGUCUGCUCCCAGAUGUAUAGCACUAGUUAUGACCAGAUUCUACCUGAUUGUUAUUCUUGGCCUGAAGAAGUCCAGAAAAUACAGACCAAAGUGGACCAGUAACAUAACAGCUGGAAUUUUUAACUUUAUUAAUAUGAUCUUGAAGUGUUUUAUAAUUUUUAAAGAUUGGAAUCUUUUAUGAUGAUUCAUGUGCUUAGAAUAAUGUAAUUUUAGCUUAACAAUUAAAAACUUCAUGGAAAUAUAUUAAUAUAAAUUAGGAUAAAUCUAACACUAUAUAAUUUUGCUUCAUUUACUGUCUGGCUAUUGAUGGUUUCUAUCUUAAUUAUUCUCUUUAAAAGCUAUUGUACCUGCUACUGAGAAACUCAUUAUUUGUACAUAGGGAACUAAUGGGAAGACCAACAUUAGGAAUGAAUUAAUGUAGAUAAGUUGAUCACAAUUUUUCUGAUCAUUUAUUAAAAUCUUUUAAAAAGUAGAGACAGACAUGAACUUAGGCAUAUGUGAACUUUUGCUAAACAGAAGCACUUCUUGUUGCUUAGAGAAGCAGCUCAGGAUUUUUAUUCUAGACCUGGAUUAGGAUUUGUUCUUCCUGUGCAACUGAAUUCUUAACAUUUCUAAAAAAGCUCAUCACUGCUGUUUACAAUACCUUGUACAGCCUUAGAUUUUAAUAUUCUUUUGUCAUUGUUAUUUCCCAUAGAGUAAAGCUCUUGCUACCUUGGUCUUGAGUUCCUAAUUCUUCCCUAAAAGUUCUUUCCCUCCCUUUGACCAAAUGCCCUGGCCUCAGCUCCUAUACUGUGGCCCUGCUGAGAGGUUGGCUCCUUCUGAUAGUGUGGCCUGGGCCUGUAAACAGGGCUAAAAGAAGAGUCAAGAUCCUUGAGAAGGGGCUGCCUGAGGAGCCAGUCUCAGAGCUAAGGGUGCCAGGUGUCAGGAGCAAGACCAGGGUCCCCAGACAAGCUUUCAUCUGAGAGCUACUUGCCUCAGUGCUGAUUAGCUCAGGAGUCUGAGAGCUCAUUGCAGGAGAAUAAGCUUACUUGCUUCUGAGUGUGAAGAAAGCUCCAUCUGCAAAAUCUACAUCUCCAGUAUCAGAAACUGUCUUUCCAUCAGAUACUAAAAUAUUUUAAUUACCAAGACCAUCUUAUGAGAAAGACUAACCACUUUCCCAGGUUGUAGUAAUUUAUGUUAUAAAUUAAUGAUGGAAUUAAUAGAAACAAUUGUAAAUUCUUAAGCUCAGGUGUGAGAAUAUUUGCUUUGUAUUUGGAGACUCUUCUGUUUUUGAAGAAAUGCUUUCAAGAAUGUAAGGUGUUUAAGUUAACUAUGCUCUAAACUGAUCUUACUGCAGGUUGAAGAUUACACAGUCUUCAACUGCUAAAAGAAUUGAAGACUUUCUAAUGGUAAUUUUUGGUUAAGGGUUUCCUCAGUGUAGUUAUUUGGAAAAGAUUCAGAAUUCCUAUUUCUUGUCUGUUUCCAUGUUGUCAAAUAGUUCUAAUUAAAUGUAUUCACCUAUGAAAAAGAUUUAUUAAAGCAUAGAAAUAAAUGAAUAAAAUUAUUAAAUAAUUA